AGAAUACUAUCGGGCCUUCCUAAAGAUGGGGCCUUUCGGGGACGAACAAGGGCGCGAGGUGCUUUGUAUUCUAAGAGCAGCAGUAAAUGCUAGGCCAGGAGUUCCACAAAUAAGUGAUGAGACGAUGUGGAGAGUCAUCCGGCGAGAGGUAGAUCGGGGCGCGGCCUACAUAGAUGAUCUCUACCGGCUGGUGCGAACGCAUAAUCCAAAGGGAAAUCGAGAUAAGGGAGAAUUAUCUAAUGGGGGUGGCUCAACUGUUCGAGGAGCCUACCGAGCCGGAAGAGCCGCGAGGGCGAGAGCGGGAUUAGCAUCCGCAGAACUAGGCAAAAUGGCAACGGAGGAGGAGACAGAUAACCGUAAGAGUGAAGGAGAACCAGGCUUAGAAGGAAGUGUCGCGCAGAGCGAAGGGGGGCAGAAGGACAGAGAAUCGAUAAAUCCGGAUGAUACCAAAGGGAACCGGAAGGAAAUCUCCACAUGGGAAAGCUUAGGGAAAGCCGGGGGAAGCAGGCAAGGGACCCAGGGGACCAAGGAAGGCAGAAAUAAGGAUAGGACAAGCCCCCGAAACUCGGAAGGAACCAUGCCUAAGAAAGUAAGGGUCUCAGAUACGAGGCGCAGACUAGCCGAGAUAGACACGAGGACCGCGGAAUACAAGGCAAAAUUGAUUGAGGAAAUGAUGACUGGGAACGAGGAAGGUCCUCUGCAGGAGGAGCCCCGGGAUGAACGGAGAGGCAGCCAAGGUGGGACUGGACGAGGGGAUAAAGGUAGUGACCGUAGGGGAACAUCGAGCAAGAGAAGGAAAGAGAGAGAUAACUCUCCGGGGAUGCAAGCAGAAAAGGCUACGACUCCGCCAGCCAUGGAUAGUAGGGCUAGCCGCCUGCCGAUCACGCCAGGAGUAGCGCGAGGAUGCGAAGGACUUUGGAGCCUUAGGGAAAGAGUGUUGGGAUGGUUUGACCCGGAAGCAACUAUGAAAACCAGGGAGGGACAGAAAGCCGACAAGGAAAGUCCGGAUAACAGUGUGGCAGGCGAGGCUAGCAGCUCCAAGGGUGGCCUUAAGAAGAUAGUGUCGUCCCUCGCUCGAGCGCUAAACAAAAAUCAAGGCUAUCUGGUAGACGCCAAGAAAAAGCUGGCUUUCGAUGGAGCAAACAUCAUGAAGUUCAUGAUCGACUACGAGAACCUAGCUGCGUUACUAAAGUGGACCGAGGAGGAAAAGAUGGACCACCUAGGACAGCAUGUGUCGUUAAGCCUAGGACGGGACAUAAUGGUCAUUGUAGCCGCAAGCCGGUCUUGGAAGGAGACCCGGGAUGUGAUGAUGAGGAAGUACCUAGCGGCGGAGAAAAUGGCAACGGAGGCCAACCUAGCGGCAAUUCAGAGGAAGAACUUCGCAACGUACAAUGAUUUCCUACGCACGGUAACGGAUCUGGCUGAGAAAACGGUAGUAACGGAGACGUUGGCCUUGCUCAAGGAAGGAGAGGUCAUAGAUCUGACCGGUAGGACGAGCGACAAGGUCGUUGGAAGCUCCGAACCCCAGGCAGAGCCUGAGGCCGAGGAACCAGAGAAAGUCUAUGGGAAGCCUAGGGAAGAGGAGCCUGCGGACGAGGCUACCGCCGCUAAGAAAAAGUUUAGGUAUCAUAUCCCGAUUUUGACCUUGCCUGAGCUCGACGACACAAUUAGCAAGUUACUAGGAACCAUGGUGUCGGUGUCUUUUCAGACCAUGCAGACUAGCUCUAGGGUGCUUAAGGGGCUUAGACAACUGUUGACUCAGAGGCGAGUAGAAAUAGGCGACAACCCCGAAUUACCAGAAGGGGAGAGGGAGGAGGAAGCUCUGCAAGAAGUGGCUAACCUUCAGAGGAGUCACGGGGACUUGGAGGAUCUCGAAAGGGCCUUUGCAGACAUUCGUUUGAGUUUGCCUGACCGAGAGGGCAGCGAAGUCAUGAGAUCACCACCCGGGACGAAGCUUAGCUUUCAUGCGCUACCCGUAAGGAAAUUGAAAAUCCAGAUCGGAAGUCAUCACACCGACGCAUUAGUAGACGGGGGAGCAGAAAUCAGUCUCAUAAGGAGAGAUUUCGCAACGAUCACGAGAUGUACGAUAAACAAGGAAGUAACCGGGAGCAUCUGGGGAGCUGGCGGGGAAAUCCUGUUCACUGGGUACGUCACGAAGUGUGCUGUGAGGGAAUCGAUCUGGUCGUUUCAGCGGAUGACCAUAAUGGAGGAAAUGAACCACGACAUAAUCUUCGGGAGACCGUGGUGCACGAACGUAGAGAUGAUAGGCAUGCACUUGCACGAUGGCUCGUACAUGGUAGACAUAGAGGACCCUGUGACCGGCAGGGGAGAGCUCCUCCGACUCCUUGGAACGGAAGGAGACCCCCCAAAGGGGAAACUGGCAACACGGUCGCCGUCGUUCGAGGAUAGCACGCGAAAAGGGGCUUUCGCACGGAUGGAGGGGUACGACCAGCUUCCAUUGGAUGUUCGGGACAAGCCAUACACCGCUAUGCACACUCCCGUAGGCCAGCUACAGAUGCAAGUGACACCUAUGGGAUUCACAAACGCGGUGGCAGAAUCGCAACGUGGGAUGCUCGCCGUGGCCGGGGACAUGUUUCUAGAAAAAUGUGAACCUUACAUCGAUGACAAUCCGAUCAAAGGCGCGCAGGAAAAGGACGAGACGGAAGUCCAGCCAGGGAUCCGACGUUUUGUAUGGAACCAUAUGCAUGACAUCAAGGACUUACUCCGCCGGUUCCUAGUAUACAACAUUACGGCUAGUGGACCAAAGACUAUCCUAGCAGUACCGGAGGUAACUAUACUAAGAUUUCGUUGCGGUGCUUACGGCAGGAAGCCGGAUCCGGCAAAGACUGACAAGAUAUCACAGUGGCCGACACCACUGCGCACGACGACGAAGGUAAGGGCACUCCUAGGCGUAGUCGGCUUUUGGAGGAUCUUCAUUAAGAACUUUUCCAAGAUUGCUGAGCCUAUCCGGGCUAUGAUCAGGAAAGAAGGAACCAUGGAUUGGACGGAGGAGCGAGAAGAAGCUGUCCAAAGGCUCAAGGACAUAUUGACAUCUGAGACAGUCGCCCUGUCCGCGCCUUGUUUUAAUGACGAAGUGGGACGACCCUUCAUCCUAGAGACGGAUGGAGGACUUUUGGCUGUAGGAGGUGUGUUGAUUCAAAGGGAUGAGGGAGGAAAAGAGAGGCCGAUUAGGUUCGAAAGUAGAACCCUGAACUCCGCAGAACGGUGGUACUCGCAAUUCAAGAAGGAAGUCCUAGCCAUCCUGCAUUGCCUUAAGACCUUCCAAGCCUACCUAUUUGGGAAGCGGUUCAUCUUAAGGAUCGAUCUGACAAAUGUCGCAGGGGCUCUAAAGAAUUACAGGCCAAUAUAUCCGACGGUAGGGAGAUGGGUAGGAUUCAUCUGGCAGUUCGAUUACAAGAUCGAACGGAUUGCUGGAAUCCACAACAAGGCAGAUGGGCUGAGUCGGGUUUGCAUCACUCCCGAAGGGAUGGAGGAUGCAGAGCCCAUUGACGUCUUUCUCGAAUACGAAGGAGAGACUCUCGCGGUGGACAACGAAAUGAUGAGUGAGGGAUGCACAUCGGGAGAACUAUUGAUCCAGACUUUGGAGAAGGGGGCACCUGCCGUAAUAGCAGAACUGACAGAAGGACCAGUCACCACUCGAGGACACAGAGAAGAAAAUGACUCAUGGGGAGCGAUAGUAGGACCGAAAGAGGAGCUAAUAGCAAUGGCAGUCGAAGGAGGCCGGGAAGCAGUGAUGAGCUCAGUGGAAUCUUCGGAAAGGAAAGAGUUGCAAUGGGUGGUAAAUCAGAUGCAGGAAGGAAAGGAUGGGGUUCAGGACGGGGAUAAGUUUUUCUAUGUCCAAUCAUACGAAGGACUCUUUCGGGAGAUCGGAUUGUUGUUGGUAGGAAACAAACAACCUAUGGAAGUCAGUAUUAAAGCAAGGGAAGAAGUCGAAAGGUAUAUCCUGGAUGCGCGAGACAACUUGAGUGGGUUCGUGGAGGCCGUCGCCCUCAAGAAAAAGACAGGGAGGAGUGUGGCGGACUGCAUAGAAGACUUUUACUUAAGGCAUCCGUUCGUUAGGAAGUUUAUAGCAGAUAAUGAAACGAAAUUUGUGAACCAAGAAGUAUUGGGGAUGCUUAAGAGACUCUGCGUACCGAUCAAACUCAUCGAGCCGUAUCACCCUGAGGCCAAUGCACAUGUAGAAAGGGGGCACCGAACCUUGAAGAAUACAAUUGCAAAGCUCGCAGCAGACCAUCUGGGGAAUUGGCCUAGGUAUUUUAAGUAGGUUGUCUUUGCAGAGAAUAUGACUCCUAAAAGGACAACAGGGUGUAUCCCAGCAGAGCUUUGGUACGGAAGAGAGAUCGACUUUCCUGUGGAAGCCUUGGUACCUACCUGGAACAGGUUAGAUGAUGAUCCGCAAAUGACCACUGAAGAAUUAAUCGAGGCAAGAUGUCAACAAAUCCUUAAGAAUGAG